GAAGUAUUUUUUUACAACAAAUUGAUUUAGACUAAUUCACUUUUGCCUACAAUAUGAAUUUAUUAACAGAGAAAUAGAGAAUUAUUCGACCGAAUUGUGAAAACACAAACUAAACGAGAAGACUUUUAUCUUCAAAAGUCGUAGCUAGAUCUUAGUGUUUAUGCAUUCGUGUGUUAAUAUAUGUAUACAUUUUACAAUACGCAUUAAAUAGAAUAAAUUCCUUUAUCAAAAAUUUUUGUAUUAACAUUUAAAGAAUCCAUCAGAAAAAAAGCAAUUAUAGAUAUUGUUAUAAACAUAAUUAUAUUGCACAUAGUCCUAAACAAAUAUGCGUACAUUUGAUUUACAUUUUUAUAUUCUAUAGUUUAAUGCAAGUCGAGAAAGACAUGCUAUGAUGUCCCGAAAGAAACUGAAGUCUUUUCUAUUGCUAAGAGAAAAAAGAUACAACUGCGCUUGCGUAAUAUAUUAUUCUGCUUACACAUUAGGAAUAUUACUCUCAACUACGAAUUUAGAUAGUUUAGUCUAAUUUACAUUUGCCAUGCCUCAUUGCUGGAAAUAAUAUAAUUGACUUCUUUACAUAGUAGUUAUAGACAUACGUAAAAAUGUGCGUCCCUUAAAAUUCAUAGAAUUUUCAAUAAAAUAGUUCAACAAUGUAAAGAUCUUUUUUCACAUAAUAUUGCAGUCUUUGUAUAAAAUGCGUGAUCUUCAAGAGCACUAUUACAAAAUCUAUCGAGUUAUACUUAAGAUACUUGGCUUAUGGUCCUAUGAACAGACAUGCCUAACACGAUUACACAAAAUAUUGUUUGUUAGCAUUUUUUUGUCAUUUCUUCUUGUUCAGUUGCUGUCAUUCAUCACGAAGCAAUAUAAUGUAAACCUUCUCAUGAAGAUUUUUUCAACUUUUUUUCCUAAUCUUUUCGUUACAGUAAAAUAUAUCAGUUUUAUCAUUCUAGCAGAUGAUUUAAAAAUAUUAUUUGAUCAAAUACAAAAUGACUGGAAUUUAUUGAAAGAUAAGUUGGAAAUUGAUAUUAUAAAAAAGUAUGCCUACGACAUGAGAUUAUUCGCAAUAUCUAUAAUGGUGUAUUGCCAACUAAUCAUGUUAAGUUGUGGAAUAUUUGAAAAUUUUCCGAUGAUCCUUGAUAUUAUAUUACCGUUAAAUGAAUCACGACCAUUUCAACUCAUGGCAAUUACGGAAUACUUUAUCGACCAGGAAAAAUAUAUUUACUAUUUAAUGUUACACGAGUCACUAACCGCUUACAUAGGAUUGCUCUCAUUGUGUGGCAUUGGUGUGAUACUCCUAAUGUUUAUGAUGCAUGCAUGUGCACUGUUUAAAAUUGCAAGUUAUCGAAUAGAGAACGCGAUCGAGAAAAGUGUGUUAAUGGUUCCUAGAAGAAAGUAUCUCCUUUAUCAGAAGAUUGUAUAUGCGGUUGUUAUGCAUCAAAGAGCCAUUGAGUUUACUGACUUUGUGAAUUCUGUUUUGACGACAUUUUACACUACUAUAAUCAUAAUUGGUGUCUGUUCUUUAACUGUCAAUCUUUUCCAACUUCUACAAUAUAUAACAUACAUGAAUGAUAUUCGUAUCAUAUGUAUUUCUGUUGUAUUUGUAAUAUAUCAUUUGAAUUAUAUGUUUGUUCUUAAUUAUGGCGGACAAGAAUUAAUAAAUCAUGCAAUACAAUUCUUUCAAGCAAGCUAUAAUAACCUAUGGUAUACAGCACCUUUGCAUAUACAAAAAUUAUUAUUAUUUAUAAUGCAAAGGGGAACAAGAAACUCUGUUUUUGUAUGUGGCAAAAUGUAUGUUGGAUCCUUAGAAGGAUUCGCAACGCUUACAAGUACGGCAGUAUCUUACUUUACAGUGAUUUAUUCUACGCGAUAACGAAUUGAAAAAGAAAAAUUGUUUUAAUGUGGCUGAUCUUUACAAGAUUAAUAACAAAAUAAAGUAAAAUAAAUUUAUUAGAAUAAUAAAAUACAUUGAUUGAAAAUUUUAUUGAAUAUAUUUUAUACUAAAUUCGUUCUUGAUGUUUUAAUCAUUACGCUAAUAUAUGUAUAGAUAACACUAUAAAGAAGAAAGCGUGCUCUAAUCUUUAAGACUUUAAUUAAAUAUAAACAAAUGAAUAUAUAAGUCUGAAUAGAUAUAUUAUACAUAUACAUAGAUAUGUUAUUUGUCGUAAAAUUUACGUAAGUGACUAAUGUGAUAUAUCAAACUUAUUUCAAUUACUGAAUAAACUAUAAAAUAAUAAAAUU